UUCGGGGAAGUGAAAAUUAACUAUUUUAUAAAAAUCAAUAAAGAGCUUUUCUAUUCGCCAUUGUAUAUGUAUAUUGUAAAAUUAUUAUUAAUUUGGUCGUCUUUAUUACAAUUCUAAAGCGAAAAAUAAAAUGAUACGAUCGCGUGCUAUGUACUUAAUUCAAGAAUUUCAUUUAAUAAAUUGAAAAUGUUUGUGGUACUUGUAAUAGUACUGGCAUCGGUUCAGUCUGUGUUUAUGUAUUGUGGCCCUUAUAAUGGUCAAAUAUGUAAGCAUUAUUCAACUGGAUACGUCUGGUAUAAUAGUACGGGUGGACUCGAAAAUGAAAAUAUCGCCACGGGGCUUUGGAAAGAAAUGAUAUCAACACUUAAAGAACCGUGCAGAAGUAAAGCAGAAAAACUACUUUGUGCUUACGCCUUUCCAAAAUGUAAUAAUAAGGAUGGGGUUGGCUACUAUGCCUUACCUCUGUGUUAUGAAGAUUGCAUUGCAGUGAAGAUGCAGUUUUGUUUUAAUGAAUGGGCUGUUAUCGAAGAGCAGAAACGACGUGGUGUUUUUUUCGAAUCUCGAGGUCAUUUCCGGUUUCCCGAUUGCGAAGAGUUACCGAAAUUUUCUGGGAAAGGCUCUGAAAUCUCUUGUCACUAUACAGGUAUCACUGAAAUGGAUUAUAGUCAAAUUACAAAAACAUGUUAUCAUGGUAAUGGGAGAUAUUAUCAAGGGACAGUGAAUACAACUGAAACUGGUCUUGCUUGUCAAGCUUGGGAAACACAGUAUCCACAACAGCAUACAAGACCACCUCUAGUAUUUCCAGAAGUACAGAAUGCUACCAACUACUGCAGAAACGCUGGUGGUGAAGAGAAAAAGCCUUGGUGUUACACAAUGAACCCCAAUGUUAGAUGGGAGCACUGUGAUAUUCCAAUGUGUGCCAAUUCUAGUGAUGGUGUUGAUAAUGAAAAUGGUCCCAUAGUUAUGGAAAACUAUUUCACUCCUACUUUUGUAUUGAUUUUAUCAAUUGGAGGUCUUGUGGGUGUUUUGGGUAUUGCCUCCAUUGCUUUGCUCUGUCACUAUGUAUUAAAGAAUCACUACUCUAAAUGUAAUAUUACAAAUAGGAGAAAUUUAAAUAAUGUGGAUAUUGAUUUGGACAAGCUUCCUAGCAAUAUGGCAUACCACACAACUGGAGCCCAGCUGAAUCCAAAGUUGGAAAAGUUAGAGUUUCCGAGAAAUAAUAUAAUAUACAUUCGGGAUCUUGGACAAGGUGCAUUUGGUAGAGUGUUUCAGGCAAAAGCACCAGGCUUAGUGCCAGAAGAAGAAUUUACUUUAGUUGCAGUCAAAAUGCUUAAAGAUGAGGCUUCCCAUGAUCUCCAAUUAGAUUUUGAAAGAGAGGCAUGUUUAUUGGCUGAUUUUGAUCAUCCUAACAUUGUAAAAUUAUUGGGUGUAUGUGCUGUUGGAAGACCAAUGUGUUUACUGUUUGAAUUUAUGGGAAAAGGAGAUCUAAAUGAAUACCUCAGAGCCUGCAGUACAGCACCAAAUUAUCCACCUGGUGUUGAGAACCGAGAAGACAUGAGACUUCUAGCAACUCCACUAAGCCAUUUAGAUCUGCUACAUAUAUCAAGGCAAAUUGCAUCAGGAAUGGUGUAUCUGUCAGAUAGAAAGUUUGUACAUCGGGAUCUGGCUACAAGAAAUUGUCUCAUCAAUGAUGAUAUGGUAGUGAAAAUUGCUGAUUUUGGUCUAUCCCAUAAAAUCUAUUUACAAGAUUAUUAUAAAGGGGAUGAACAUGAUGCCAUCCCUGUACGGUGGAUGCCACUUGAGAGCAUAUUAUACAAUAAAUAUACCCUUGAAUCAGAUGUGUGGGCAUAUGGAGUGUGCUUAUGGGAAAUAUUCUCUUUUGCUUUGCAGCCAUAUUUUGGUAUGACCCACGAGGAAGUAGUUAGGUUCUUAAAAGAUGGCAAUGUUCUUGCUUGUCCUGACAAUACACCUAGAUGUGUUUACGACUUGAUGAAACAAUGCUGGAAUCAUCAUCCCAGUGAUCGUCCAAACUUUAGAGUGAUCUAUCAAACUAUAGAUAAUAUUCAAGUGAUAUUAGAAAGAAGUCAUUCGGAGUGAUAAUUUAAAUGAUAUUUUCUAUGUUCAUAUAUUGACUGUAUGGAUAUGUAAUGCAAAAGUAGCUUUACAAUUGAUAUGAUCUUUUAUUAAGACAUUUUGAUAAAUUUUUAUGUACUUACUUUGAUGUUGUAAACAAAACCUGUUUACAAAUUUUAUAGGUUGUAUCGGUUUUGCACAAUUAACAUUUUUAUUGCUCAUUUUUAAUCAUUUUAGUUUUUAAAUUAAUUAAUAGUCUACAAAGACUGAUUUUUUAUUAUAACCAGUAUUCAAAUGUAAUUAUUUAUACAAGCGCUGUACAUAAACUGUAAACUUUGUUACUUUUACGAUAUAACAGUUAUUUUAAUAACCUUUAUUUAUGUUUGGUAUCAUGUUUAGAAUAAGUUCUAUACCCGUGAACAAUGUGUUUGCCAAAACAUCAAUAAAAGAUUAUAUAUUUUGUUAAAUUAAGAAUGUGAAAGAAAUACUUAUAUUUUUAUAUUUAAUCAUAAUUAUAAAUAAGCCACUUGUACAUCAUGAUUUCAAUAUUGUCACUUAAGAUCUUUUUUAUUGAAGUAGUCGUUACUUUGCGGAAAUCCAUAAUAAUACAAAUUAUUUAAGUUUUCUUUAGUGUUAAUUCCGCCAAUAUUUGUUUUGAGUCUCGUGCCAGGUUUUGGCAAGACAACACAUCCUGAGGAUGCCUCGUGUAGAGGCGAACACAUGUUGAAUUGUUUAUAAACAAAUAUUGGCGGAAUUAACCCUAAAGAAAACUUGAAUCAUUUGUACACAUAAGACCUGCCAACUUCCUUCUUAGAACAAGAGACAAUUGAUACUUUGGAUUCUUUUAAAAUUAUUUUGAUAUUAUUCUGCCCCGAGAUAAGAAUAAUUGUCGUCAGAUGACAACAAUUAUUCUUUAGUAGAUACUGUAUUUCCAACUAAUUGAACAUGUACAGUUGAAAUGAAUGAAAAUACUGGAUGCAUUUUUAUAGAUAAGGUUAAAUGUAAGUAAAAUAAGAGUAAAUGUUUUCGUACAUUAAUUAUGUAGCGUUCAUUUUGCAUGACUUGGAAACAACCCAGCUUGCAAAUCAAUUGGUGAUUCUUGAUUGUGACAAUACAUAAUAAUAUUAUUUUAUGUAUUGGUUUUACCAAAGGGUAAUUAAAUUUUUACUAGCUAUUAGUUCUCUCUAAUAUUCACUUCACUGCCACUGAUUAAAUGUUAUUUUAUAUUUGUAAUUAUAAUCUUAAAGAAUCUAGAAUUUAUAUUAUUAUUUUGGUGCAAAAAGGCGAAAACAUCGGUUCCAUAAUGGGUCGAACAAGUCGAAUGAAAUUAAUUUUAGAAUUCUAUAUAUGAAAUCUCAUAUAAUGAUGUGUGAAACUCAUGUAUGAACCUGCAAGAGAUUUCAUAUAUAGAAUUCUAAAACUUGUUUCGUUUGGCUUGUAUAAGUGUGUGUUCACCUUAAGUGUCAGAAUGCAGAAAUGUAAUGGGUACUUAUAGGUUAUUGUGACAAGAUGGUACUCAAAUGAAUUAAUUUAAAUUAGCACCAGCUUUUAUCUGGUUAUUAUUAUUUUAAAAUAAUUGUUUGCGCUAAAUCUUUGAGGUUUCAUUUGCUGAAUGUUUUUUAUUUAUUUUUGAAUGGAGGCUUCCAUGAAGCAUAUGAAUAAGCUAGUUAUGUUGUCAGUUCUUGUUAAGAUUAAAUUUGUAAUGAUA